CUCGACUUGCUUCCAGACUCCUUGUUAACUAUCAGUUUUUUAAUACCUAUAUGACUACAUCCGUUUGCUUUACCUAUAUUUUUUUCAUUCGUGUUCGCAGGCGGUUGGCAAUGCUCCAAAGCGAGCCUACCACACAUCGGUGUUAUUCCAACGAGAACUUCUUGUGUUUGGUGGAGUUUUUCCCAAUCCUGAUCCGCAACCAGACAGCUGUAGUAACGAACUGUAUAUAUUCAAUACAGGUAAAAUGUGAUUGUCUUACUGUCGUAAUUAGGCAACUUUUCAUACCGCGAAUAAGAUUUGUUUCUGUUGGCAACCAGCUUUUUAUGAUUUUGGUGGGGGCGCAAGCGCCUUUCACUUCUGAGAUUGUGGGUCCGAUUUUCGCUAUGGACUCGUGUGAAAAGUCUCUGGCAACACUUUUUGGUCUUGGUCACAUUAUACGCUAACGCGAAGCAUUCGUUAACCUGGUUGUUAACCUUGAUUAAUUGCACACCUCGUACAUUCAAUUCUUACAGUCAUGCAAAAAUAUUGCGUCAUGCUAAGAAGUAAUUGAUUUUGGUGCCACAAAUAAUUAUGGGCACUAUGUAUGGAAAGCAAAGGAAACCAUCGUCUGAAUUCGCUAGAGAAUGGCCUUUCUUUCUCUCUCCUCCGCAGAGUCUCCUUAAGUAUUUACAAAUAACUUACAUGAAGUUUCCUGACUAAAAGUGAGCGCGCGCGGUGUGAUGGGAAGAUUGAAAUGAAGUUGGGAAGGCUCUGCCAGAUAAUGCGACGAAGUAUGAUUUUUGAACCAAACUAGUUGUUUGACCUUUUUUAAAACUUGAAAUCGACGGAAAUGUGAAAGAAAUUGAAAUGAAUCUUCAUAAUCUCAGUAUCGAAGUUCAAUAGAGACAUUUUUAUAAAGAAAUGUUGCAAUUAAGAGGAUAUUUAUAAUUAGAUAGCUCGUAUCCAUUGAUAUUCGUUUGCAAUUUCUCAAUAUUUUUCGAUGCAAAUGGACAGAAGAAUAUAUUGAAUUCACCCCAGGAUACUCAAGUACGCCUGACAAUGAAAGUCGAAACAUGUUUUAACACCCCCGAUGGUUGAGCGAACUUCGCUACAAACGAUUAUAUACGACGCCAUAUCGAUUGCAUUAACUCGCAGAGGCUUCCUUUAUUUAGCUCUUCCCAUCAUUCCUUGCGCGCUCACUUUUCCCUCACUAGAAACGUCAUGUAAGCUUCUGCGGAGGAGAGAGCCUUUCUUUCAUAUAUGAAUAACUUUGCAUGAACAAUUUCAAUAUAAAAUAACUAAAUGAAAGCUUGCGCUCAUUUGAAGCUUUAUCGAAGUCGACUCAGGGAAAUUUGAUGGGUUAAUGCUACCGCGUAUGUUCUUAUGUAACUUUAAACAUUUGCCACGAAAAUUGGUGGAAGUCGAACAACUAGACCACUUGCAACCUCGUGGUUGAUGCCUUCAUUUUUCCUUCAACGAAAUAUCCUUUUAUUUAAAUUUUUAUAGACACAAACAGUUGGUAUCAGCCGAUUGUCACCGGUGAUAUCCCUUCUCCACGCUCAGGGUAGGUUUUAGUAAUAAAAACUAUAAGAGUUGUGGUAAUGUUGAUAAGACAUUCGCACUAGUAUUAUACUCCAGCCAAUUACUGUGCCCUUGUGACUGAGUUAUAGUUUUGUCGAGUCAAAGGUAAUAUAAAAACACCUGGCAACCCUUAUGAUUGUUGCGCAACUAGUUAUUUGCAUUUCUUAUAUUAAUUGUAGGCAUUCAUUGUUGUUAUACGAUGAAAAGAAAGCCAUUAUUUUUGGUGGCUGGGACGCACCGAAAUGUUUUGACGAUGUAUACCUACUUGAUCUGGGUAAGAUAUACGCAAUAUAUUUUAUUGAUAUCAACAAUCUCGAAUAUCUCAAAAGCUCAAUCUUGAAUUAAUUUUGAAACUCAAUCAUGUCGUCGAAAGUUUACUUGUAGUAAAAUUGAAGUUCAUGCAUGUAGAAGUAAAAUGGUAGUACCGUAAAAGUAAAAUUGAAAUUGUUCUUCAAAAAAUUUUCGGUCAGUGUACAAAAAAUUUCGGUUAGGGGUACAAAAUUUUUCCGGACGAGUACGUUGCAAUUGCUUUCGAGGGACUUUAUCUCAUUUUUUUAUGCCAAAAUUCGGUACUUAGCCCAAGAGAACAGAUAUCUUGUCCUUUGCGCGGAAAUAUUUAACACACAAAAAAGCCUGGGGCCCAACAAAAAUUUUUUAGAGGCCCCCAGCAACUCGGGGCCCGGGGCAAUUUCCACACCCCCCCUGCCGCCCCCCCCCCCUCUCGGCGGCCCUGAGUAUAUACCGUCUUCAACCCAUUGCAGUCUGGUCAAUUUAAAUGAAAGGCUGUGCAAGGUAAAAUUGUGAAUCUGGGCGACUGGCCAGGUUACUUUUGACUAGAGGGUCUUCAUUUUUUGUAAUUACAUCAACCAAUCGAUUUUGCAGCUUUGCCGCGUGGAACAGCCUGGAACUAACUGCUCAAAUAUAAUAUCAGGAUUUUUGGGAAUCUCACUCGAUUGAAAUAAUAUUGAAGGAUUCUGUGAAGGAUUUUCAACAAAUUGUAUUUUUGUGCCUUUUCCCCUCAAACAGUUUGAUUACAGAAGAUAAAUAAUUAAUAACUAAUAGAACGAAUUAAGUCGUGCUAUUAAUGCCAUAAUCAUACUUGUGAUUAACAAAUCAACCUCCCGCUACGCGGUCGGUUGAUUUUGUACUGUAAUCACUCGUAUGAUUAUGGCAUUAAUAGCACUCCUAUUCGUUCUAUUACCAUCAUUAAUUGUACUGCAGUACAAUUAAUCAUUUUCCCAAAACAAACAAAAUGGCGGAAAGGUAUUUUAAACACAAAUGUGAAAUGAAAUUGCCCUAGAAGAACUUUAUGGAAAUACGAACAAAACCACCAAAUUUUGCUUUAGCAAACGAACUAAAUGAAAAUACGAACAAAAGCACAAAAUUUUCGUUGAAAGUCUUGCAGAACUGGGCUUUGGCGAGAGAAUAUGAUGUUGACAUUGAGAAGUAUCCAAUUUUGUCAUGCUCAUAAUAAACUAGAAAAUACAUGCAUGCAGAAACCCUCGCCUUGCUGACAAAACCAUUGUAUUUUCCGAACUGAUGAAGUUCUAAAGUAGUUGUCAUGGUAACACGAUAAUUUUUUAAGAAUAUUCUUACAAAUGAAAAAUCGCCUAAAAAUAUCACUUUUAAUUACAAAAUUAUUAAUUUCCCAACAUAAAUAUAUGUUAGGUAUGUAUUUAUACGUAAUAUAAGCCUCAAUUUAAGGUAAAAUUCAACCACAAACGCUUCGCAAAACGUUUUAAAGUCACUAGUGUUCAUUAUAAAACUAAACUGCCUUUUAAAAUGGCUUUAUCGAUAAACUUUGAGUUAGCAAUAAAAUGAUUUCAAAUUCUGGCUUGCAAAUAACUCAGUGCUUUCUUUUUUAUUUAGAAAUUCAAUAUCAUAAAAAAGGGAAUCAAUAUUAAAGAUACACUAAAAUUAUAUGCUGUUUGUUUAGUUGUUUCAUAUACGCAAAGGCCGUCGGGUUUUAAAGCCAUUAUAAAAUCAAUAUUUAAAACAAACUUACCUUCGUUAACGUCGGCUCCCUUCUUUUAGACGAUUCUUUCGCAGUUUCAUUUUGAGAGAGCUUUUGAAAUUUACAAAGUCUUGCAAAAAUGCGAGUAAAAAUGAAAUAUAUUUGCAAGAAAUUUAUCAAUCAUCAAAUCAAGAAAUGUUUGCUAUUUCGCUGUCGUGAUACAUUCAUGCCAGUCGUUAUAAUGCAAAAUUUAAAUUGGACCAAUCAGUGUCCGCUAUUCAUGACAGUCCGCCAUAUUUUUGAGAUCAGUGAGGAUGACCACCCAUCGUUGGUCACCCACGCCCGCGAUAUUUGAUGAACUUUAGACUUCGCUAAUGCUUUCGUUUCCCCGGGUGUAAAUAGCCGGGGGGAAUUAGUACCCUCGCACGGCGCUUCGCGCCGUCGGCUCGGGGACAAGUACGGCGGCUCGUCCAAUUUUGGCAAAAUUUCCAAACAUCACUCGUGCUAUUAAUCCCUAAUUGGACGAGCAACAUCGCAUGAUUACCUAUACAAAUUUCCAUCUGCAAAGUCGUUUAAUUACUUUGUUUUUGGCUUUACUCUCUAGUUUACACAAUGAGCAACCUUUUUAAGUACAUUUGCUGGUUGAGAUGCAUAAAAUAAUAGUAAAAAUCUUUCAAUUAAAUGCAAUUAUCAUUGAUGCAAAAUUGACGCCAUGUUUAUACAGCAAUAUAUAAGCAAAACGUACUGAACUUCAGACAACAUUUUCUCUUUGGCGUACCAUUUAAAAUCUCUUCAGUUAAUUAGCAUUAUUUUACAGAUAAAUCACGUCUAAAUCUACUUUUUAAGUUUGUUUGCCGCUUUAGAAACGUAUUAAAAAUUUAGAAAAUCGAAUAAAGUCUUAACCAAGUGGAAAAGUUUCAUUAGUUUUAAGCGCGUGUUACGUAACAUACAAAAGAUUGUCGUCUUAAAUAUAGUAUGAAAUCCAAUCUAGUCCACAUUUUUUUUAAACACAUUAAAUAUUAUAUUUUAUGGUAAUUCUGUGUUCUACGGCUUACUAUAGUUCAGUACAUAAGAAGAACUUGCAGUGUUGAUUUAGCAUUGUUUUAUAGUUCUUAUGGAAUAUUCGCGUCCAGAAGUGAAUGGUCAAAAACCAACAGCCCGGAGUUGGCAUUCUUCAUCACUUCUCGAAGGAGGUCGUCUUUUGAUCCAUGGUGGGUUUGAUGGAGCGUCUAAUAAAGUCCUUGGCGAUUCAUUCAUCUUUGAUAUUGGUAAGUAGUAUAGGACACACGUAGUAUGAGCGAAAUUAUAUAUUCCCUUUUUGAAGGAAAAUGCUAUCUUCUCUGCUAAUUUGUAUUACGCGCGAGAAAAUGCACCACAUUUGGGCCGAAAGUGGUGCAUUUUCCCGUCAUGCGUAAUACAAAUUAAUACUAGAAAUACAUGCAUGCAGUAACCCCUCGCCAAUAUUUUCCAAACAUUUAACAUGAAGUAUUCAGAAAUGACCAACAGUGAACGCAGGCUCGCGCUCAAGUGUUGCCAUGACAACACGAUAUUCUUAAAUUUUUAUUUUCAUAUUUUUUGUACAAAACUGCAAAAUAGUUGAAAGAUUCGUACUUUUAUUAACUAUACAACAAUAAAUUUCCGAAAUAUAUACUGUCGGUAUAUUAUUUUGCAUUUUGUGAGCUUUGAUUUAAUGUAAAAUUUAACUUCAAAGGCUUCGUAAAAUGUUUUGAAAUGUUCAUUCAAGUAAACUACAUUUUGCCGAUAAACUGUUUUUACUUAACAAAACAUGAUAAGUUUAAUACAAAUAAAACAAAUUGUUGGGUAAUUUCAGUUCAGUCUUCAAAUCAAUUUGUUCGUCUUUACAUUUUGAGAUAUUUUCUCAAAUUAAACGGUAAUUUAUGAAACUUAGAGCUUCGUUGAAAAGGAAGACAGUUCAUGUUUUUAGGCAAAAAGUUAAAGUAUCAAAAUUCGUAAACAUUAAACUUGCCGUAUAUUUCACGAUUUCCCGUAGUAAAUCAAUUCUUCUCAUUUCUUCAAACAAAAUUGCUUCAAGCUUGUUGUAUAUGAAGCGAUUUUCCAAAUAUAUGUCUUUUAAAACUUGAAAUCUUGCUUACCCACUCCUACAAGCAAUCAGCCAUAUUUUUGAGAUCAGUAAGGAUGACCACCCAUCGUUGGUUAGCGCCCGCGAUGAUUGAUGAACUCUAGAUUUCGCUAAUGCUUUCGAUUCCGGGAAAUAGCCGGGAGGAAAAUUUGCAAAUUUCGCAGGGCUAUAUUUUCCUCAUUUUACAACAUUUCGCAACCAAACUUUGCAAUUUUACAAAUUUUGACAUGCUCUUUGUAGCUGUGGUGAUGGAUUGUGUUCUUCUUGCCUAGAUCAAAAUUUAGUCUAUAACCGGAAUCAUCCAUUGUAUUCGCUUGACAAUUGUGUGUAUUUCAGAUAAACUAACGUGGAUAAAAGUUAUUGCACGUCCUGAGAUCUCUCCUCGUGUCGGUCACGUGAUGUUUCUCAAGGAAGGCACCAGUAAAGAAGAAGAAAUUUUGGUAUUUGGCGGAGGGGAUAAUGCUGGCUCAUUUUUCAGUGAUUUACUGAAAAUUCAAAUUGUCCCAGAGUAGUCUUCUCGAGGAGCAGAGAGGUGGACUGUCGAGAGAUUCUGCGUCCCAAUGUGCUGAAUCAAUCUUCACAGGUUUGGGCAAACAACCGUACCACAAUCGGAAAUGAUGUUUUGUUUUGGGGACUUACAUGUUCGCUUACAUGCUGCCAAAAGGGAGUUUAUUCUUCACGGUUGAGGGCAACGGCACACGGGAGAGUCGAAUUUUACGUGCACCUAGCCCUAGAACAUUAAUUCUAAAACUAAAGCGAGCUAGCUCUCAGUUGAAAUUUUGAAUUAUCUUGAAAACCUGAAUAUUGGAGUAAUAUAUAUAAGGAGAAAAUGU